UUACAUUUCUUCGUCUCUUUAUGUGCUCCAUCAUAACUUUUUCUGCAAAUUGGACCUUCCAUCAAUACUCAGGCUUCAGCCAUACCCAGAAAAAGCCUGUCCAUCUUCUCAUCCUUACAUCUUGGCGCUCCGGAUCCUCCUUCCUUGGCCAAAUUUUCAACCAUCAUCCAGAUGUCUUCUACCUUUUUGAGCCAGCUAGGGUAGUUUGGGUGAAAAUCCCUAAUGAAAGUGCUGAACUCCUCCACUAUCCCAUAAGAGAUCUACUCCACUCUCUCUUCAAUUGUGAUGUAUCCCCGUUACAUUCCUAUCUUCCUCGGAACGGGCGUUAUAUUUCAGACCUGUCCUAUUGGUCAGAGAGUCGGGCAUUAUGCUCUCCACCAGCCUGCACAUCAGCGGAAUCUACUUGGAGCUAUGACCGACCUACUUGCUUCCAACAUUGUGGCUAUGUACCCUUAGAAAAAAUGUCAGAGGCCUGUAAACUUCACAGCCAUGUAGUUUUUAAGGUUGUAAGGAUCUUAGAUCUCAAAGUUCUUCUCCCACUGUUUGAGGAUCCUACGCUUGACCUCAGGAUUCUACAUCUAGUGAGAGAUCCACGUGCAGUAACCUUCUCACGAAAAAACUUUAACCUUCUUAAUCACGAUGACUUUAUAGUUAAUGGGGGACUUGAGAAAAACAAGAAAACUAGCAUCACCGAAGUUAUGGCUAAAAUUUGUGCAGCACAAGUAGCCAUAAACAAAGUUGGAGCCUCUCUACAUAAGCGUUAUAUGGUGAUAAGACAUGAGGACUUGGCAAGGGAGCCCUUGUACUAUGUUAGAAAAGUUUACUCAUUUGCAGACCUUAAUUUGUUCCAGGAACAAGAGAUCUGGUUGAACAAUGUAACUAAAAAAAAUGGUCAGAGACAAUAUGGUUUCAUGAACUUUGCUGGGGUGUCUCGAGAGAUUGCUCAAAAAUGGAGACUGAAGCUAGAUCAAAACACAGUGCUAACAGUUCAGGAUGUGUGUAAGGAAGCAAUGAAGGUGUUUGGAUAUAAACCUGUUAAGUCUGUGACUGAACAAAAGGAUCUCAGUAUGGAUGUAGUAUUAAAGAGAGAGGCAUAGAAUUGCAGCCAGAGACAAAUUCUUGUACUAUCCACAUGAACUCAUUUUACAAUCUCAAAAGACUAAGGGCCGAUGAUCAAGAAUGGAUAGAAAUCACGCAAGAAGUCUUAGGGGGCUUUUUUUGAGCAUUACAUUGUAAUAUAUGGGUC